UAAAAAAACCGCCACAUUUUUCAAACUUGCCGCCUUUUAUUAGUGCCAAGAUUUGUUUCACCAAUAAAUAUAUACAAUACAACAAAUAUUACGUAUUUGACGCAAUCGAGUUAUGAAUUCAAUCAUCAAGUAAAAACUAGUUUUUUGCCAAAGGUGAACCAUCUUUAAUAACAAACCACUUAUUUAGGAAGAUCCGGUACCAAUACAAAAAACUUCACCUGCCACUUUAAAUUAAACUUUAACUUCUAACAAUUAUAUCAUAAAUUGCUUUGCUGAUGAGUACCUAAUAGUUCACCUAUGUUAACUAUUAAUUGCUUUUAUAACCAGCCAUACAACAUUAGACUUUAAAGGUAACUUCAUAAGGUAUUAAAUGUUAAAAUGACAAGGAAAAGUUAAUAAAUAAUGUCUAUUUGUGGUCAGUUUGUAAUUAGAUGUUGAUGUGUAUGGUCAUCAUUUAUACCAUCUAUAAAUAACUUAGUGUAAACUUUACUUUUAUGGUCAUAAGAUUCAUGUGAGAUCAGUUCUGUGUGUUUGACUACUGGUAACCUAUAAAAUAUUUGUUUAUUCUUAUAAAUAUGAUGUGCUAGUGAUUCUCUCUCGGAAUAGAACAUAAAAUUGGACAGUAUUAUGUGUUCGAAUAAAAAUACAAUGUAUUUAUUGUAUUUGUGUGUUUGUGCAAGUGUAGUUGUGUGUUAUGAAGUGCCUCCGGUUAAAUUGGAGGCGAUACAUCCUAAAGGAUUGAGGGUGUCAGUCCCUGACGAUGGCUUCUCCCUCUUCGCUUUCCACGGAAACCUGAACCAAGAGAUGAACGGCCUCGAAGGUGGCCAGUGGUCCAGAGACAUCACCAAAGCGGUCAACGGAAGAUGGACGUUCAGGGAUCGAGACGCGCAGCUGAAGAUUGGAGACAAGAUAUACUUCUGGACGUAUGUGAUCAAGAAUGGACUGGGGUAUCGGCAGGAUAAUGGGGAGUGGACUGUCACAGAAUACGUGGACGAAUCUGGCAACCCGGUGAAUACUGAGAAAGAAUAUAUCCCUCCCGGGUUCCCGUGCGCCAUAUCCAGCACGGAGGUGUCGACGCCCGGCUACGUCUGCGCAGGGCAGCUGCUGUUCGAAGACAACUUCAACUCGGGCGUCGCCAAGGGGAACAUCUGGACGCCCGAGAUCAAGUUCCCAGAGGAGCCGGAUUACCCGUUCAAUGUAUACUUGAGCGACCGCAACCUCCGCGUUCAAGAUGGUCGGUUGAUCAUCAAACCUAUCACUCUGGAGUCCAAAUACGGAGACGACUUCGUGAGGCAGUCUUUGGACUUAUCCACUAGAUGCACCGGUUUACUCGGCACUCCCCUCUGUGAACAAGUGGCCUCUGGACCUUUAAUCCUGCCGCCCAUCAUCACAGCCAAGAUCACAACUAAUAAGUUCAGCUUCAAGUACGGCAGGGUGGAAGUCAGCGCUAAAAUGCCGCUGGGAGACUGGCUGUAUCCGGAGAUCCAGUUAGAGCCAAAAGACAAAGAGUAUGGCAUAUGGAAAUACGCUUCGGGCGUUAUUCGCAUCGCGUGUAUGAAAGGGAACAAACAGUAUUCUAAGCAGCUUUAUGGGGGACCUAUCAUGUGCGAUACGGAACCUUAUAGAUCCAUGCAUUUGAAAGAGAAAAUUGGAUUUGAUAAUUGGAAUUCAGCUUUCCACAACUACACAUUGUUAUGGAAGCCAAGAAGACACUGUUCAUUCUACAUAUCCCUUGGCCUGAACGUGGGUGGAAUACGAGAGUUCCCAGACAGCGCGAGCAAACCUUGGAAGAAUUUGUCAAAUAAGGCAAUGUUGAACUUCUGGAAUAGCAGAGACCAGUGGUACGCCACAUGGUACGACGACACUAGCGCCCUCCAAGUGGACUACGUGAGAGUUUAUGCUUUAUAGACGAGAAGAACAGUGUCUAACAAUUGAUGAAAAUGGGACCACUUAAUUGGCAGGAAAAGAAGCAGCUUUAAAUGGAGUUAUGUGGCCAAGAUCACACCAUCCCAUACAUUAAAACGCGACCGCCUAAGAACGCGCAUACACUACACCACACAUAGAUGGCGCCACAAAAAAUGCCUUGUUGCCAUCGAUUAUUUGUAGAUUG